AUGAGUUCUAUGUUAAAUCCGUCCAGAAACUGUUCCCGUGCGUUCCGGGCAAAUUUUACAUCGAAACGGCUUCUUUGCAGGGGUGUGUCAACACAAGAACUUGACGCUACGAAAGGAGGCAAAUGGUCUGGUUUUGUCCUGUCACGAGAGUUAGACAAGAAGAAAUUCCAGACUGUUGUUGUAUCCCCAAGGACAUAUUUCGCCUUCACACCUCUGCUGGCAUCCACAGCUGUUGGUACGCUCGAGUUCCGAACAACUGUGGAGUCUGUGAGACAGCGGCGAUCCAAAGUCGAGUUUUUUCAGGGUUGGGCUGACGAUGUAAACUUCCACGAAAAGAGGAUAUGCGUCGAAGAAGCAGUCAGGAAUGUCGUUCCGCCAAAGAGUGGCGAGAUGAAUAGUGUGACAGAUAAGGAUGCAUCUUCGAAAUCAUCAGGAAAGGGCAAAACGUUUGACCUGAGCUAUGAUAAGCUAGUUGUUGCAGUCGGAUGCUACAGUCAGACGUUCAACACUCCAGGUGUAAGGGAGAACGCUUUCUUCUUAAGGGAUGUGGUGGAUGCUCAAAGGAUCCGAAAGCGGAUUCUUGAAUGCUUUGAAAUUGCUUCACUGCCAACCACCUCGGAUAAAUUAAAAGACCAGUUGCUGAAUUUUGCCGUUGUAGGCGGCGGUCCAACCGGCGUUGAGUUCGCAGCUGAGCUUUAUGAUCUGUGUCAUGAAGACUUGAAGAAAUUCUACGCCAAUCUAAUUCCACGCAUCAAAAUUUCAAUCUACGAUGUUGCACAAAAGAUUCUCCCAAUGUUCGAUGCCAAACUCGCCAACUAUGCAACGCAGAAGUUCAAGCGUGACGGCAUUGCCAUCAAAACCGAGCACCACAUCGAAGAAUUGCGUUCAGGCCUACCUGGCUCCUCAGAAGAGACCGGCGGCUGCUUUACCCUGAAGACCAAGGAAAAUGGCGAGGUUGGCAUUGGGAUGUGCGUCUGGUCUACAGGUCUAAUGAUGAAUCCGUUCAUUCAAAAAGCAAUGGACGACGUACACACCUACCCCACUUCUUCAGCAACCCUCUCCACCGAGCUUCCCACCGAUCCAUCCUCCAUCAAAUGGCAUCUUAAACGCAGCCCUAAAACCGGCGGUUUGGUAGUCGACGACAAAUUCCGCGUCCACCUCACUCCCCGUGACGGCAGCAUCGGCCAGUCCACGGCGCCCGAAGCAACAGUCAAUGACGUUUUUGCUCUCGGCGACGUCUCCGUUAUGGAGAAGAGUCCACUGCCAGCUACUGCCCAAGUCGCGAAUCAAGAAGCGAAAUGGCUCGGCACGAGGCUGAACAAUGGCGACAUUGAGCAGAAGAGCUUCUCGUUCAAGAACAUGGGUGUCAUGACAUAUGUGGGCAACAUGAAGGCUAUUAUGCAGGGCGGGCAGGGCCAGGAGAUUAGGGGAUGGAUUGCUUGGGUUAUUUGGCGCGGUGCGUAUCUGACGAAGACUCUUAGCUGGAGGAAUAAGUUAUUGGUUCCGAUAUAUGCAUCAAGUACUAAUUCUGUGCAGUGGGCUGUCAACUGGACUUUCGGUCGAGAUAUUUCGAGAUUCUAG